UUGCGCCUGGCGCAUGCACCGAAUUCAAGUGCCGCGCUCAUGUGGUGCCCACUUUUAAAGAGUUGCGCCCUCCGCACGGCUCAGACUUUCCUCUUAGAAGAAUCACCGAAAUGAAGAGCGGCGCCAACCCGGCACCAUGCGCUCCAGGCUCCCGCGGACCGCCUGCUUAGUGCGACUCAUUGCGCUCUCCAUCCUCCUCACACACACCGCAGCUUAUUUUGGGCUGACAGGUCGAGAACCCUUGGUGUUUUUACCGGGUCCUUUUUCCAAUGAACCGUCGUCAGGGAAGGCGCACCUGAAGCAGUGUGAACAGAUGACUCUGACCAGGCGGCAGAAGAGGCUCUGUCGCCGGGAGCCCGGUUUGGCGGAGACUCUGCGGGAGUCAGUGCGCCUCAGCCUGCUGGAGUGUCGCUAUCAGUUCAGGAGUGAGCGCUGGAACUGCAGCCUGGAUGGACGUGGAAGCCUCCUGAAGAGAGCAAUUAAAGAGACGGCGUUCCUACUGGCAGUGUCCUCGGCCGCUCUGACACAUGCUCUUGCUAAAGCAUGCAGCUCAGGCCGCAUGGAGAGGUGCACGUGUGACGAUUCUCCCGGCAUCCAGCACCGAGAAGCGUGGCAGUGGGGGAUCUGUGGCGACAACCUAAAGUACAGCACCAAGUUUCUGAAGAAGUUCCUCGGCCAGAAGAGAGUCAGCAAGGACAUGAGGGCUCAGGUCGACAUCCAUAACAUCAAUGUGGGAAUUAAGGCGGUGAAGAGCGGCCUGAAAACCACCUGCAAGUGCCACGGCGUCUCGGGCUCCUGCGCCGUACGGACCUGCUGGAAGCAGCUGUCACCUUUUCACGACACUGGGCGGCUGCUGAAGUUUCGCUACGACACCGCGGUGAGAGUGCUAAGUGUCACUAACGCAGCCACGGGAGAGACCGAGCUCACGGGACCUCGCCGGCAGAGCCAGAGCCUGCGCAGUACGGACCUGGUCUUCAUGGAAGACUCCCCCAGCUUCUGCAGGCCAUCGCGCUACUCGGCGGGCACAGGCGGCCGCUCCUGUGCCAAGGACACCACCUGUCAGAGUCUGUGCUGUGGGCGGGGUUACAACACGGCCAUGCAUCUCACCACCAUGUCCUGCCACUGCCAGGUACGCUGGUGCUGCCACGUGGAGUGUCAAACGUGUCAGAGGGAGGAGGAGGUCUACACCUGCAAGGCAGCGUGAGAAGAAGGAGACGGACUUGCAAACAACAAAAAACAAAUCCAACAACACCAAACGACCACAGUCCUUCUACAGUAUACCAGAGAAAGACGUUAAAGAUCUGUAUCUCAGAGUCGCGUGCAUCAGAGACCACUUGUAUAAAAAUGGACCUAGUCAAUGUGGCCGUCAUGGUGAAGCCCUGGACGUACACCGUAACGGAUGCUAGCUUUGGAAGUAGCUAAUUAGGCGAAUUUUCAUUUGAUCUGGUUGAAGUUUAUGAAGAAAAUGUUUACCAACAACACAACGAAGUGAGAA